ACAUGGCCAGGGGAGGUCAGUGUCAAGAUCUUAAAUCUGAUGCUAAAUCACGCUUUAGAUGGCCCAUUUGGGAAGCACUUUUGGAAGAAAAGCAUAGAUAUGAUGCAGCUCGCGAACUUGCCAGUAAGUUACUAGAAAGUGAUACUUCCUGGGAGGCUACGAAUCCUCAAGCAGUGGAUCGAGGGUCCAUUUCUGUGCAAGAGAAAGGAGGAGACUCAUCGGUAUCAUCAAAAGAAAAGGCAAAAGUGGAUCCCUUUAUUGCCCUGCAACACCCAGAUGAUAAGAAAGGAAAAACCUCUCCAAAAGUCAAUAGAACUAGAUUCAACAAUAUCAGGAACAAGGAAACUCCAUUGUUUUUGGCAACAAUGUCAGGCAUUCCAGAGAUUGUCGAUUGAAAUACUCAAGAAGUACCCUCAGGCAAUUGAGCAUUAUAAUGACCAAGGAAGGAACAUACUUCAUGUAGCGAUCAAUUACCGCCAGAUAGAGAUUUUUGAUAGGGUGGUCAAGAUGGAAAUGCCAGCAAGGAGGCUACUACGGGCAACAGAAGCUAAAGGGAACUCCAUUCUGCAUAUGGUAGGAAAGAAAGGAAAACGCUAUGUCUCGAGAAAAUCACGAUCCCCUGCAAUCCAAUUGCAAGAGGAGUUGCUCUUGUUUGAGGUGCACUUCCACUACCCCAUUCAUAAUCUUGUUAGGGUCCAUGAUCCAGUAGCUU